AUGGCACCCACCUUUGAAGAAGCCCUCACCUCUACCUUUACCCUCGCGCCUCCCCCCAAAAGCCCUCUGGCGCGCUACCGACUCCUGUCUCCCACAGCAGGAGUGAGAGUCAGCCCGCUGUGCUUGGGUGGUUUAAACAUUGGUGAUGAAUGGAAAGCCCUCAUGGGCGAAAUGACCCAACCCCAAGCCUUCUCCCUCCUCGACUACUUCUACUCGGCCGGGGGCAACUUCAUCGACACGGCCAACGCCUACCAAAAGGAGCAGUCUGAGCAGUGGAUCGGGGAGUGGAUGGCCCGGCGUGGGGUCAGAGAUCAGAUGUUCAUCUCAACCAAAUACAGCAACAACUUCCGCGCCGGCCACGGCGAAACCGAGAUCAUGGCCAGCUACAUCGGCAACGGCACCAAGUCAUUACACACCAGCGUUCACGCCUCGUUAAAGAAGCUACAGACGGGGUACAUCGACCUGCUCUUCGUCCACUGGUACGACUACGCGACUUCAAUCCCGGAGCUGAUGCAGAGUCUCAACGUGCUGGUCAAUCAAGGAAAGGUGCUGUAUCUUGGGAUCAGCGACGCGCCGGCGUGGGUGGUGACAAAGGCGAAUCAAUACGCGAGGGAUCACGCGCUUAGGGGGUUUAGUGUUUACCAGCUUAUCCAAGGCCAUAAACAGAUGCGCAUU